UGACUUAUACACGCGAAACCAUACUUUUCUCGCGCAGAGAUGUAUCUGCACAACGAUCCCAAGUCCUCGCGGGCCUUAGAGCAGGUAUCAUAGUGGCAAUCAUGUCUCGUUCCACUUACUCCGCGUUCCAGAGACAUCUCCUCUUCUUCUCGACGCCCACAUCCCCACCCAGGCUUACCUUUGGAUCAGCCCUCCGCGCAGGCGUAUCAAUCGGCCUCGACUUUCCGGUCGCAGUCCUGCUGAGCCUAUCUCUUCGGCUCAUGUACGCGCCUUUUCCUUUUCUCUGGUCUCCCAUCAUCGUCGAUAAGAUUCCAGCGUCAGCGCAUCGCACUCAAUUGAGCUCCGUCAAUCUACCAAAGGGAAAAGCCGACUAUACCUGCACCGAGCUUCUGUCUCUUCUCAACAACAGCCCCGAGGAGAACAAAGGCAAGGGCUGGCUGAAGCACAAGAUCGAUCAGGGACAUGUGGUCGGAUUUUGUACUAUGGCAGCUAGUGCGCGGACGCACACUGUUAGGAGGGAUGAUGUCGAGCGAUUUCAGCAGGGAGAGUGGGAGGAGCCUGUCGUUAAGAGGAGACGGGGGAGAGACGAUGUGCUGCCUCUCUGGAGAGGUGGGCCGAUCUGGGUUGGAGGGCACAGCUGGGCCGUCUGGAAACUUCUGGGAGUUCGGGUUUAUGAGGUUAAGGGACGGUAGAUAUCCGCAUAAUCCUGCGUGAACAUCGUACGGCGAAACUUGCGCAUUUGUGCCUGCGGAUGAAUGUUUUUAGCGGUCUUCGCACAAUUUCCAAACGGCCGCCUUCCGCAGUCCUGUUACACAUGCUUAUUAUGUGGCUUACCUAGCAUCACAAGCGCUCAUAAAUCCGCUGCCGAAUCUAGA